AUGUAUAAAAUGAAUAAAAAUAUCAACUUUGAAAGGAGAAAUCCUCGCGGAGUUAAAUAUUUUACUAUUGGUAAUUCGCUUAAAAAAAUUUCAGAGCAGAGAAAUUCCGCUUUAAAGGCAAGGCUUGAGUCAAAAGCUUCAAGGUUAAAGACUAUUCUUGAGUUGGGAGCACUUAGGUGUGUAUUUGAGCCCAGAAAGCCAUACACUCCAGUUAACCCCUGGAAGUCCCCACCCUCAUUACCUCAAAGGCCGCUGACUAACUAUGCCACUCCAGCCUUUUACCUGAGACUCCGUGAAGAUACUCUUUUCUUUAUUUUCUAUUACCUUCCCAACACGAUACAGCAGAAGCUGGCAGCUAAGGAGCUGAGGAGAUUAUCGUGGAGAUUCCAUAAAAAGUAUUUGGCCUGGUUUCAGAGAGCAGAGGCACCUACCAAGAUUACAGAAACGUUCGAGCAGGGAACUUUCGUCUAUUUUGACCCGGAAGGUUCUAUUUUGCACUUAAAUCACACUUAUACUAUCUUUUUCGCACAAUUGAUGAUAUUUUAG